AUGGGGCGAUAUAAAGUCAUUUCCGAGCGACCGUACCAUUGCAGCAGCUACGGCUACAACGUCAUCGUCGUUGACUCUGUCGAUAUUACCAACUAUGACCGGAACAGCUUCAACAACAACACCAGUUGCUACACCAGCGGCCGAGAAAGGGCAGACGACGAGAUGGACCUCCAGCACCACCACUCAGACUCAAACAUCGACUCUGACGCAUCCAUGACUGAGGCCGACACUCUCGACCUUGAUCCUGCUACCUCCACCGCAGCCACCGCAGCCAAUACUGCCGCCGUCGUAGCCACCACAGCCGCUGUGGCAGCAGCAGCAGCAACGUCAGCAAUAGCCUCUUCCACCAGAGAUGCCGAAUCGCCUCUGGAGCGAAAAUCGCACUUGAGGCGAAAGUGCGAUCGGCUGCAGGUCAAGAAUGCGGCCCUCAAGGCGACUGUCAUCCAGGUCAAAUCGGAUUUAGCGCUUGAGCGCCAAAAGCGUUCGACAAUGGACCAGAUCUACCUCAACAUCAGGAAAGAUCUGAACCAACGACUCGAAUCCGAGGAGGAUAAGGUCUUGAGUCUGAAGGCCGAUCUGGAACAGAUGGCGGCCGAGAUGAAAGAGCUCAAGGACCAACUCGCCUCUGCCAGAACCAGAUCCACAUCCUUCUCGCCCUCGGCUUCCAUGUCUUCCCUCUCUGGCCUCAGCCCCAGAUCAGCCAAUGGAUAUCGAAUCGGGUAUGACAACAGCGCCUUCUCGCUCUCGAGGGGCCUCUCUACCUUUGGAGGAGUCCUCGUGCCACACAGCUCGAGCCUGAUUGAUGGACAGGAUGACUCGGAAGAGUUUAUGUUGUCGCACUCAUACUUGCCCUCGACCAGACGCGCCUCCACCUCUCGACUCGCCAACAAGGAUUCUACACUGAUGAGCUGCAGUGACGACGAAGCCGACGACGAUGAUGAGGAGAUGGAGGAGGAAGAUGAAAGCGAUGACGAGCCUUGUGCCGUCAAGAGCACCUUCCUGUUCAAGCAACCGUCCGUCAGCCGCAGAGGCAGCGGUGCUUCCUCCAUGUCCUUGCGAACUCUGACCGAGGAAACCAUUGAAGAGGAAGAAGAGGAAGACGAUGAUGAUGAAGAACUGGAUGAGGAGAAUGAAGUCGACAGCGAUCUGGAGGAUCACGCGGCAGACAAGGAUGACAAUCACGACUCGGACGCGCCCCGUACGAUGAUGGAGAUUAUUCUUCAGCGCCAAAAGUCUCACUCGCCCGAGGAUGACAUGGAGGAUCUACCGGCAGAUGCCAACGAGACGUUUGAUUCGAUGGCUCAAAAGUCUCUCCUCCAUGCAAUCCACUCCGGUCUCACAGUUGCGCAGGCGCAGCUGCAAAUCGAGGAGCUUGUUCUCAAGUACGAUGUCCCCCUCGAAAAGACUGUCGAGGCCAUUAUCCAGGGGAUGUUGCGAUGGUGGGAGUCUGAGCGCAUGGCGACUGGGGGACCUGCCUCGGGAGGGUUUGGGACCGACGCCGUUGUGAUCAACAAGGAGACUGGAGAGCAGGCGAUCCCCAAGGUGGCGAUCGAAAAGCGGAUUGAAUCGUUCUUCGGGCCUUUGUUGCUCCAGUUUGUGGUGUCGAUUGGCGAGCAAAAGAUGCUGCUCGAGAUGUUGGGCCAGCAUGCCCAAGCGGAGCCAGAGGGUAGGUGGCUUAGAAAUCACAAUGGGAUUUUGGUGGCGCUUUACAAGUACGAUGUCCUCGACGGCGAAGCCGUCCUUGAAUGGUGGCGUGCUCUCGAGGAACCCCAGGGCGUGUUUGGACAUGGUGAGAAUAACCUUCGCAGUCUGAACUCGCGAUUUGCAGCAUGGCUCGAAGACGAGGACGAAGACGAGGACUCUGAGAGCGAGGGUGAUGAAGAUGAUGACACCGACGAGGGCAGUGAUUCGGAUUCCUCCUGUUCAGAGUUCGAGUCCGAUUCUGAGGACGAUGACAACGAUGAUGACGACUAUGUGGAGGACGAGGAAGAGGGAAAUGAUGAUGGAUCGGCAGACGCCAAGGACGCCAAGGACGCCCUGGAUCAGGAUGCUGUCGUGGAGGCCAUCUUAGAUAUCGCUUUCCCAGAUACUCCAUCGCCGUUAAUCUCCAUCGACCGCAAGGAGUCAGAGAACAGCAACACUACCGGCAACACGAACAGGAGGAUCAGUUUUUGUACCAACAACAAUUUGUAUUAUAGUCAGGACGGCAAAGUCCAGCAAAAGCCUGUGCGCAAAGCCAAGAACGUCAACAGCGGCGGUGACGGCAUGGAUGGAAACGAUUGCGAGGCGGGUGAGGAGGAGGAGGAGGAGGAGGAAGAGGAGGAAGGCGAUGAUGAUGCGGGGGACAGCGGUGUGGCCAAGAAGAAGUAUGACCAGUGCCCACCGUUCAAGGGGAUCAUGGACAGAGAUAUCGAGAUCGGAUCCAUGGCUUAA